AUGAAGAAUAAAGUACCUGCUGUAGCAACUUCAUCUCAGUGGCAACAAUACUAUCAAAAAAAAGAAGAAAAGAAAAAACAAGAAGAACAACUGAAAAUAGAAAGAAAGAACAAACGUGACCAAAAGAAAGAAUUGGAAAACAAAAAGAAGAAAUUGAAAAUUACUGCUGCACAAAACGUUUCUAAAAGGAGAAUUUCUAAUCGCAGGGCGACAACUAAAUUAAAGAAUGUUACUAAAAAAUUAUUUUCUACAAAUGCAGGCAAUGGACCUGUAACUACUGAACCUUCAAUAUCAAAACCUUCAGAGGAAUCUUGGUAUUGCUUAUUGUGCGAGACUGACGAUCAGCUGGACAUGCGCCUUUGUUAUUCCUGUCUAAAAUACUACCAUGAGUUUUGUCUUGGUUUAACAGAAGCUGAUACAGAAGAAUUUCAAUGUCCUUUUUGUCAGUGA